AUGUCUUUCUACACAUUCGUUUCAUUCGUCAGCGCGCUCGCUAGUGUUGCUCAAGCAAAAGAUACCGACGAUGUCAAGUACGCCCUUGAGAUCUUGAAAGAUCUCCCAGCAGAUCUUGCCGAGCCGUUCUGUGGCACUUUCGGCGGCCAGCAGUAUGGAGGUGCAACUUCAACAUACACCAUUACUGCUGCACCAAUUACCAUCACUACGACUACCCCAUGCAGCAGCGGAUACUCGCAGGAGCCCUAUGCGCCCGAUUACCCGCCAUAUUCGCCAAUUGCCAGUGACGAAUACUACCCAGGAUACACGACCACCACCGAUGAGUAUGACUCCCCCGAUUAUACGCCAUACCCCAGCGAGGAGGACUACCCGCCUUACUUCCCGGAACCGACCGAAGAUGCUGACCCAAUAUACACCGAUGAACCGAGCUACGGAGGAGGUCGUCCCACCGUGAUCUACGACCCUACUUACUCAAGUGCGGACCUUCCCAUCUACACUUCUCUGCCAAGCGGUAUUGCCGACCCGGGGAUGACCGACGAGCCCACAACUUUCGUGGAUGAAACCAGCACUCAAACCGUGACAACCAUCCAGACUUCGACCGUCGAGGUUGAUCCUGUUGAUGCUACUGCUCUGCCCCUCCAGUCUACCACUGACUCUGCUGCUGCUCUCCCAGUCGAGUCUGCCUCGGAGUCUUCCGCUGCUAUCCCUGUUGCAUCUUCCUCGGAGUCUACUGCCGCUCUUCCUGUUGCAUCUUCCUCGGAGUCUGCUUCCGCUCUUCCUGUUGCAUCUUCCUCGGAGUCUGCUAUGCCUCUUGAGUCUGCAACCGAAUUCCCUGCCAUUGCACCCGCGGAUGUUAUGGCCACUGAUGUCCCCAUGGCGUCUGUUUUCAACUUCCCAAGCGCUUCCAAGCAGGUCAAGCGCAGCGCCAAGUUCCUCUACAGCCGCGACACUUGGUGCGAAGAGUAUGGGCGCCCAUGCCGCCUGGUAGUGUACAGCGAUGAAGUCAUUGCCGACGCAUGUUCGCAAUACCUUGGCGAGAGUGCCACUGGCUACGAGGGCGAAGAACCCGCCGUCACUGUCACUGAGACUGUAUACGGUCCUACCGCCACGGUGACCGCUAGCCCGACUACUUGCGAGUACCCUGAUUACACUGACGCGCCCACCUACGAAGAGGAUGACCACAUGACUUCUUCUGACUACGAGUACUACGAGACAUCCUCAGAAUAUGCCUAUGAGGCUUCCCCAACCCCAUCCAAGGGUUACGGGUACGAGUCUGAGAAGGGCGGAUAUGAAGCAUACACUACCACACCUGCCGGAUACGACGCUGCUUACCCGAAACCAUCAUACACUCCCUACAAGGAAUACUCAAGCUAUGUCGAAGGAUAUGGCGAGUCUCAUGAUUCUGAGUCGACGAAGUACGAGGAGGGUGGUUACGAAAGCUACGAAACUACAACUGCUGGACACGAUGCUGCUUACCCAGCGCCUUCCCACGCUGCGGAGUACCCGCAUGAAGAACCCAAGCCUGAAGUGUGUGGUCCAGACAAGAUCAUCCAUACCGUUACCGCGUACGUGACGGUCGAGGACAGCGCAGAAACUCCUUACCACGAGCUUCCCGCCGCGCCUCACUACGUCGAGAACAGUGUUGAGCAUCCUCACUACGAGCCCACUCCCGCACCGCAUUACGAGGAAUAUAGCACCACGGAGGUUCACUACGCGGAGUCUACACCUGAGCCUUACUACGUCGAGUCUUCCCCAGCGUCUCACUACGAAGAGUACAGCACCACGGAGGCCUACUAUGCCGAGUCCACCCCUGCGCCAUCAUACGACGAGUACACCACCACAUCGUCGUACGAAGAGUCCUACCCCGAGCCCACACCCGCGCCAUACUACGGUGACGAGACCUCUUCCGAAGCAGGCUACUACGGCGAGGAGAGCACCACAGAGGCCGGCUACUACGGCGAGGAAAGCACAACGGAGGCCGGCUACUACGGCGAGGAGAGCACAACAGAGUACUACGGCGAGCCCACUCCCUCGCCAUACUACGGCGACGACAGCGCAACCGAUGUCUACGCAGAGCCCACCACUGAGGCGUUCUACGACGAGCCUGCGCCUACUGAUGCCCCAUAUGCUACUCCUACAUCCGAGGAUCUACCAAUUUCUGAGCCUACCGAUGCGCCGUAUGAAGACCCCGCGCCUGUAGAGGAUGCGCCCGCGGAUGAGGCUGCCCCGGUGGAGGGUGAGGGUGAGUGGCCCAGCCCGACUGAUGAGGGAGACCUGCCUACGACGACGGAGAACCCCUUCGCACCUGGGCCGGAUGGUCAGGUGGAUUGGGUUGUGCCUGGGACCAUGGAGUUUGGAGGCGAGUAA